AUGGAGCUGAUACAACGGUUAAAGGAAGUUGGGACGGAGUUUUUCGAGCUUCCCGAGAGGGAGAAGGAAGCCGUAGCGAAGCCAGCUGACUCCAUUGACCUAGAAGGAUAUGUAACGGAUUACAAAAAAGAUGGACAAGGUAGAAAAACAUGGGCUGAUCAUCUCUUUCAUAGGAUCUGGCCACCGUCAAGAAUCAACUACAAAUUCUGGCCUAAUAACUCUCCAGAUUACAGAGAGGUGAAUGAGGAGUACGCAAAAGAGAUAAAGAAGCUAUCAGAGAAAAUCAUGGGGUGGUUAUCAGAAGGACUAGGGUUACAUCGUGAGGCAUUGAAAGAAGGUCUCGGCGGAGAAACGGUGGAGUAUCUGAUGAAGGUCAUCUUCUAUCCGCCGUGUCCAGAACUCGAUUUGCUCUUCGGAGCUCCGCCUCACACUGAUCUCAACGGAAUCACAUUCUUGAUCGCUAAUGAUGUACACGGACUUCAAGCAUUCAAGAAUAACAAAUGGAUCGACGUUGAGUACGAUGACUCGGGAAUCGUCGUCAUCAUUGCCAAUCAAAUCACGAGGAUGAGCAAUGGGAGGUAUAAGAGUGGGGAGCAUAGAGCGACCAUGGAUACGGAGCGGACGAGAAUCUCGUGGCCGGUUUUUGCCGAACCGAAUCUUGAUCAUGUUGUCGGACCUUUGCCGGAGCUAGUUGCCGGCGACGAUGAUAAUGCUCCCAAAUUCAAGCCUUAUGUCUAUAGAGAGUACAAAUUUCUCAAGAUGAACAAGCUUCCACUUGACUGA